AUGUAUCACUACCAUCCUAGCGAGGCUGGUGCUAUGGCCUUCGUGAUCUUGUUCCUUAUCACAACUUUGGCGCACACGUGGCAAUUAUUCCGAUACCGUGUUUGGUUUGUUGUUCCUAUUAUCAUAGGAGGUAUUUUGGAGAUGAUUGGUUACGCCGGACGUUAUGCCUCGGGAAAGGAAACCCCUAACUGGACCCUCACGCCGUAUAUCAUUCAGGCCAUCCUUCUCCUUGUCGCGCCUGCACUAUUCGCUGGAACUAUUUAUAUGGAGCUUGGAAGAACCAUUACUCUUGUUGACGGUGAGGGUCUUGCACUUAUAUCGCGAAAAUGGAUGACCAAGAUCUUCGUUGUUGGCGAUGUUCUCUCGUUCUUUCUUCAGGGUGGAGGCGGCGGAUAUCAGUCAGCCGGCUCGUUAUCGGCUCUCAGGAUGGGUGCCAAAAUUAUCAUUAUUGGUCUCUUCGUUCAGCUUGCAUUUUUCGGUGCCUUUCUUGUCGUUGCAAUCAAUUGGCAUAUUAACAUUGUCCGCAGGCCCACCACUCGCUCUCGCAUUGGCAUCCCUUGGCAGAAGCAUUUGAAGCUGCUCUAUGCUACUGGAGUACUUAUUAUGGUGCGGUCUAUCUUCCGCGCCGUCGAAUACUUGCAGGGCGAUGACGGAUACCUGCUUGCCCGUGAGGGGUAUCUGUACGUCUUUGACGCUUUGUUAAUGUUUUUUGUCAUGGUGUUAUUUAAUAUCAUGCACCCUGCCGAGCUAUUUGUGGACCGGAGCAGGAUCGAGAAAUUUGCAACAGAAACAGAAAUCGGCCUACGGGAUCGUUUCUGA